CUUUGCUCCCCCCCCCCCAGUCCCUGUAACAUUCCCAGGGAAAGUGCUGCAGCUCCAUCCGCAGAACCUCUGCUUUCUCUCUCCCUGUCCCUCUCUCUUCCUGUGUGGUGGCUUCUUCUCCUCCUCCUCCUCCUCCUUCUCCUUCUUUUUUUCAAAAAAUCAGGUGCUCUGAAUGAAAAGCCAGUCAGAGGCAGGGAGAGACAGAGGAAACUCUCCCCCCCCACCCCUGCUCUUCUUCCUCCCCCACCACCGCUCGCCUGCUGUCCAGAGUUCAGUGAUGCUCGGAGAAUUAAGCCUGAAUUAAAUGCAAGCAGGAUCUGUCCUGGGGAGGGGAAAAUACUUCUAGCAGCAGAGAAGUGCUGAAGCAAAGAGGGGAAAAAAGGGAAAGAAGAUUGAGAAUUCGACAGUGUUGUUUGGGUUGGACACUCCGUCAGCCAGAGAAAGAGGAUUUAAGGUUUCAGCGAUGCACAGACGGAAAGUGAGCUGUUCCAAAGUGCUCGGGUGCGUGUGCCGCUGAAGGGGUACCGAAAACGUAUUCUACAGCAACGAGUGUCAUUUAUCCUGCAGCCAAAGGCGUUGGAAAGGACAGUCAGAAGUGAAGAACUAUGGUAAUACGACAGGUCCUGCCACUGGGGCUGCUCUGUGUGUGCCUGUUGCAACCCUGUUUGACUGCCAUGGUGUUCACCAGGACUGCAGACCACCAGCCAAAAAGCUUUGCGACCCGUGGAGCAGGGAACGACGGCAAAGCGCUGCACCGCCAGAAACGAGGCUGGAUGUGGAACCAGUUUUUCUUGCUUGAGGAAUACACUGGGUCAGAUUACCAAUAUGUAGGCAAGCUUCACUCUGACCAAGACAAAGGAGACGGUUCUCUCAAGUACAUUUUGUCAGGAGACGGGGCCGGCACUCUUUUUGUUAUUGAUGAGAAAACAGGUGACAUUCAUGCCACAAGAAGAAUUGACAGGGAAGAAAAGGCCUUCUACACCCUACGUGCCCAGGCUAUUAACAGAAGAACGCUGAGGCCCGUGGAGCCUGAAUCGGAGUUUGUCAUCAAAAUCCACGAUAUCAACGACAACGAGCCAAUGUUUCCGGAAGAGGUUUAUAUCGCAAGUGUUCCCGAAAUGUCAAUGGUUGGUACUUCUGUGGUCCAAGUCACAGCCUCGGAUGCCGAUGACCCUUCUUAUGGGAAUAGUGCCAGAAUCAUCUACAGCAUCCUCCAGGGCCAACCAUACUUCUCUGUGGAGCCAGAAACAGGUAUUAUCAGAACAGCUCUACCAAACAUGAACAGGGAAAACCGGGAGCAGUACCAAGUUGUCAUCCAGGCCAAAGACAUGGGAGGCCAGAUGGGUGGAUUAUCGGGGACCACGACAGUCAACAUCACCCUGACGGACGUCAACGACAAUCCGCCUCGAUUCCCCCAGAGCACCAUCCACCUUCGCAUUCCAGAAUCUUCCCCGGUUGGAACGGCCAUUGGAAGCGUAAAAGCCACGGAUGCAGACAUCGGGAGAAAUGCAGAACUGAAGUACCAAAUUAUUGAUGGCAAUGACAUGGAUUUGUUUAGCAUUGUGACCCAGAAUGACACACAGGAAGGCAUCAUACUUAUACGAAAGCCACUGGACUACGAGGCUCGAGGGCUGUAUACAUUGAAAAUUGAGGCAGAGAAUCUAUAUGUAGAUCGGCAAUUUUAUUAUCUUGGGCCUUUCAAAGAUACAACAGCUGUGAAAAUCUCUGUAGAAGAUGUGGAUGAGCCACCUGUCUUCAGCAGAUCCUCGUACCUUUUUGAGAUACAUGAAGAUAUCGAGGUUGGCACAAUCAUAGGAACUGUGAUGGCCCGAGAUCCAGAUUCUGCUUCAAGCCCUAUCAGGUAUUCCUUGGAUCGUCACACUGAUCUUGACAGAAUUUUCAACAUUCAUUCUGGAAAUGGGUCUAUUUAUACUUCCAAGAUGCUUGACCGAGAAACCUCCCAGUGGCACAAUCUUAGUGUAAUGGCAGCUGAGAUCAACAACCCCAAAGAGAUGACUCGUGUUUCUGUUUAUGUUCGAAUCCUGGAUGUGAAUGACAACGCUCCGCAGUUCGCUGUUUUCUAUGAUACUUUUGUAUGUGAAAAUGCCAGAGCGGGCCAACUAAUACAAACUAUAAGUGCCAUAGACAAAGAUGACCCCCUUGGCGGACAGAAGUUUUUCUUCAGUUUAGCUGCUGUGAAUCCCAACUUUACAGUCCAGGAUAGCGAAGAUAAUACUGCCCGCAUUUUGACGAGAAGGAACGGCUUUAGUCGGCAUGAAAUCAGCACGUAUCUGCUGCCAGUGGUGAUAUCAGACAAUGACUACCCCAUCCAAAGCAGCACUGGGACACUGACUAUCAGAGUGUGUGCCUGUGACAGCCGGGGAAACAUGCAGUCGUGUAAUGCGGAAGCUCUGCUCCUUCCAGCGGGUCUCAGCACUGGAGCUCUUGUUGCCAUUCUCCUCUGCAUUAUUAUUCUACUGGUUAUAGUGGUGUUGUUUGCUGCUCUGAAGAGGCAGCGAAAGAAAGAGCCUCUGAUCUUGUCCAAGGAGGACAUCAGAGACAACAUCGUGAGUUACAAUGACGAAGGUGGUGGCGAAGAAGACACACAGGCUUUUGAUAUUGGCACGUUGAGAAAUCCCGCAGCUAUUGAAGACAAGAAGCUCCGUCGAGACAUUAUACCAGAAACAUUGUUUAUACCACGGAGGACUCCUUCUGCUCCAGAUAAUACAGAUGUCCGAGAUUUCAUUAACCAAAGGCUAAAAGAGCAUGAUAAUGACCCCUCCGCCCCUCCAUAUGACUCCCUGGCAACAUACGCCUAUGAAGGAAAUGAUUCUAUAGCUGAAUCCUUGAGUUCUCUAGAGUCUGGCACUACCGAGGGAGACCAAAACUAUGAUUACCUCAAGGAAUGGGGCCCUCGGUUUAAUAAGCUUGCUGAGAUGUAUGGUGGAGGAGAAAGCGAUAAGGACACUUCGUAACCUACAGUAGGAAAUACAGUUGUGGGGUAUUUUUUUUGUCCAUUUGAGAGGAAGUAACUUUACAGACACCUUCCCCACUUGACAAUAUUUGAUGUUCAGGAACCUUCUCCUGUCACUCAGCACAAUGAUUUCUCUUUCUCAUUUUGCUUUGAAUUUUGCUCAUUAAUCUCUUUUAUUCUUUCUUGUAGAACGGCACUUGGAAUACAUGCAGUAUUUUAUUUAACCCCUCCCAAAAGCCAAAGCUAUUGAAAUUCAGUAUCAUCCAUUUUAUUAAGAAAAAAAGAAGAUACACUAUGCUUGAGCAGGAUUAUAGUCUCUCAAGCAACCUUAGGUACAAACUUCUUCUGUUAACUACACAUUCUACACUUUCAAGCUCAACUUUUUAGAAGCCCCGACCACGAUCCACAAACGGUCAUGCAAGCACAUUUCACAUGCACCAUUUUUUGGGGGGUUAAAAAGUUAGAAACUGCCUACACAAGAUACUAAGGCCCCUUCCGCACAUGCAAAAUAAUGUGUUUUCAAACCACUUUCACAACUGUUUGCAAGUGGAUUUUGCUAUUCCGUACAGCUUCAAAGAGCACUGAAAGCAGUUUGAAAGUGCAUUAUUCUGCAUGUGUGGAAUGAGCCUAAGACUGUUUUGAAACUGUUUCAUGGAGAGCACUCCCACUAAAGUCUGCAAGCCUUGAAAACAAUGCACUCUUAAAAUACAAAAAAAUAACUCUUCUUAAUAAGAAGGUCCACCAGUUUUUUCAGUAUAUUGACUGGCACCAUUUGGAGAUGGGGGUUUAUUUCUGUUUUCUUUCUUUCUUUCUUUCUUUCUUUCUUUCUUUCUUUCUUUCUUUCUUUCUUUCUUUCUUUCUUUCUUUCUUUCUUUCUUUCUUUCUUUCUUUCUUUCUUUCUUUCUU